GUUGACUGCCACUAUUGGUGUUAACGGUUGUCUGCUCUGUUUUGUUGACGAAACAAGAAAUUUUCCGAAAAUAGAUUGAUCUGGAAAUGCUUGCCAAAUGAAGAGUGUAGCUGCUGGAAUCUCCCGCCAGUGGGAGAAAGUGUUCUCUCAUGUGAACAGAGCAGUAGUGUUUCUAGAUCAAGGGGUUGGAGAGCUUCUCCAUUGGCAGGGAGGCCUUACAAGAUUGCUCAAGGCAGGGGCCUCUGACGUGAAAGAGUUCUCAUCUUUUGAGAGUGGGGCGGAGUCAGACAAGAAGGCUGUGUUCAUUGUCAGUGGCUUGUUGGAAGGUGAUAACAGAGAAAUUAUUUGUGACAUUCUACAGGCCAGCAACUUCCAGUACGUGGUGGUAGUGGUAUGUCAGGGGUCGGCCAGCCAUGCAUUCAGCAUGGAUGGACACACUGAUGAAGAUCCUGAAUUCUUUAAUCAAGUUGAAGAGAGGGUGCUGGAAUGGAUGGGAAACAUGAACUACACAGCUGAGGUAUUCCACAUCCCGCUGUCCACUAUCAGUAUAGGUAACUCUGUUUUCCUUCUACCUGGAUACUCAAGAUUAUCUCCCCUGAUGGAAUCUGAUGUCAGGCAGAUAGAGCUGCAGUACAAUAACUCUCACAGCAAGGCUGAGCACAAGGACAUAGAUUCGUUGAAAAGUGUGGACUUCAGUGUGCUACCUAAACAUCUUCAAGUGCAAUUCAAGUGUUUUGUGAGCAGCGUAGAUGGGCUAUUGGCUGAGUUGGGGGUGAGGGAGGACAUCUAUGCUAUGGGCCACACAAGCGCUUUGCUUGCAUCUGAGUUGGAAUCAUUUCCUACUGCCAGAAAUAGAAGAAAGACAAAGACAGAGCGAGCCUCAAUCUUGUUCGUAGACAGAAGCCUUGACCUUGCUGCUGUGACCUCUCACACUUCUGAGAGCCUGAUGGACAGGAUACAGAUGAUGUUACCAAGGUUACCAGGUCAUGUGACUGAUGUCAAGGUCAACAUGGCACCACUCUGUCAUGUGGACAGAGAGACAGGAAGCUCAGUGAUAGCUCCAGGUUGCCUAGCGACGCAGACAGGAAGUGAGGGGCACCUCCAAGCCAUGAUGACAGGGAAACAGAAGGAGGCUCUAAUGGAGGUCAACAGACAACUUGUAGAGGCAGCAGCUCAGUGUGACCUCCCUUUGUCACUGUCAGGAAAACCUGGCAGGGUCACUGCUGAGCAACUAGACUCUACUCUGAAAUUGUUCAGGGGAAAAUACAAACAAAUUAUGAAUCAUCUUGAUUGGAUACAAGUUUCCAUGGCAACCUCAGAGAUGUUGAGUCAUCCUGACAAUCGCCAUAUUGAUGAGCGUAUCAGUGUUGAAAAAGGCUUGCUGCAGAGCUUAGAUGAUCCGAGUGGCCUGGAGGCUUUGUCUCAGGUUCAACAGAUGCUUGCCAAGAAACAUGAGGAUAGAUGGAUUUACAGUAUAGAUGAUGUGCUAUGUAUGCUAGUAUACCUCUACUCCCUUGUGGGUCCACCAAUACUGGAACAUGAAGAAACAGAGGAAGAAAUUCAGAAAUCAAUACUGGAUCGAGUUCUAGCUGAGAAGGGAUCACUACCAUCAAUAAUCAAGUCCAUAGUGACAGUAGGGGGAAAAGUGGGAGACCGCCUGAUUGUUUCUGAGCUUCUGGAUGGUGUUUGGGAGAAGCUGGCUGCAGUAGCUCAGGCCCGAGCCAACAUGCGUGAGUUUAGAGAGAUCCUUGAGCCUGGCUCUGCAGUGAGCCCGGUAAGUUUGAACCCGCUUAUAAGACAACUGGUGUCGGCCAUCUUGGAUCCUGGCAAGCCGGACCUGCCAGAUGUGGAAAACAAGUCAUCUGGCCUUAAGGAUAUGCUCAAGUCUGGAUUUGGGUUGUUCCGAGCAGUAAGUAAGCCUCGCCCCAGUGAUCACCCCUUGCUGAUACUCAUCUUCAUUGGAGGUGUGACCUGCACAGAGGUCAAACAGGUCAAGGAUCUAGUCAAUCAACUCAAGCCAGGCAUUCAGGUGGUUAUUGGAAGCACACGGUUGUUAACUCCGCAAGAGGCUGUGAUGACAGUUCUGGGGGCAGACUCCGCUUUAAGUGACAGUAUAGAAUAGUGCAUUCACUGGAUUCGGAAUUAUGCUUCAUGCUGGAUCUGUAUAUAAUAAAUAUAAAUAUAAUACCUACAUAUUGUUAUAGAGUUUUGUUUAAAUGGUAUAUUAUGAACUGACUUAGGGGCAGACAAAAAUUAAGGCAACAAUGAAUUUUCACUGGAUUGCCUUUUGUGCCCUUUUAUUCUGUAAUAAAACAGAUAAGUGUUGACCUCUGCAUUAGAUAUUGGGUAUUUGCAAGAGGCUUUGAUGUCAGUUCAGAGGGCUAACGACUUCAGGGGAAGUUUGUUUGGGAUAGUGUUAUCACUAGAUUUUGUUUUGUGUCCUUCUGCAAUAUACUAUAAUACAAUUGACCAGUGUUAGUGUCCACACGUUGUGUUAACUAUAGAGAUGCCAGAGAUUGUCAGUCGUACAAUCAAAGUGGUUAUUGUGGCAUGUGCCCAUGCGCAUAGACUUCAUAGAAAUACCGUCGAAAUACCUUCAACAAUAUUGUUAUUUGUUAAACAAUAAAAUAAGUUGAAUGACUAUGAA